GGCAAGAGAGAGAAAAGAACUUAGUCAACCAUUCUAUUUUUAGUUCCUCCUAAAAUGCCUAAACAUAUGCACCUUCUUCCACCUUCCCUAUAUUAACACUCUCCUCUUUCAACAUAUUUCUUUUUUUUUUUCUCUUUUGGAGAUUACUUGAUCAGCAUUUCAUCAAAUUCCCAUUUGUAUGAAGAGAAACCUCUUCUUGCUACGUCAAUAUGGGUCGGGUGAAACUGGAGAUCAAAAGAAUUGAGAACACAACGAAUCGUCAAGUAACCUUCUCAAAACGUAGAAAUGGUUUGAUUAAGAAAGCUUAUGAAUUGUCGAUUCUCUGCGACAUCGACAUUGCUCUUAUCAUGUUCUCUCCUUCCGAUCGUCUUAGCCUCUUUUCCGGCAAAACUAGGAUCGAAGAUGUUUUCACAAGGUUUAUUAAUCUCUCUAACCAAGAAAGAGAGAAUGCUCUAGUCUUUCCUGACCAGGAUAGACGCCCGGACAUCCAAAGCAAAGAGUAUCUAUUAAGGAUUUUGCAGCAGCUCAAGACUGAAAAUGACAUCGCUCUUCAACUCACCAACCCUGCAGCUAUCAAGUCCGAUGUCGAGGAACUUGAGCAAGAAGUGUGUAGAUUACAACAACAACUCCAAAUGGCAGAGGAAGAACUAAGGAGAUACGAACCGGAUCCAGUAAGAUUCACUAGCAUGGAGGAUUAUGAAGUUUGUGAGAAGCAACUUCUCGACACGUUAACACAUGUUGUCCAACGACGAGAGCAUCUCGUAAGCAGCCAUUUAUCUUCAUACGAAGCAUCCACUAUGCAACAAGGCAUUGCAGGUCCUUUUGCAAACGGCGCCCUCGAAGGUUGGUUGCCUGAAAAUGGACACAAUCAAGUCAAUUUAUUUGAUGCAUCGGCUCAUUCUAACCAACUCAGAGAAUUGUCAUCGGCUAUGUACGAACCAUUGUUGCAAGGUAGUAGCUCAAGUUCGAACCAAAACAACAUGAGUGAAUGUCACGUAACGAAUCACAAUGGUGACAUGUUCUCUGAGUGGGCCCAGGCGUAUUCAUCAUCGGCCUUGUUCCCUUCUAUGAACCAGCAUGGAAGUGUAGGACCCAGUAUAGAGGAAAUGAUACCAGGUCAGCAAAGUGAAAUCCCGGCAGUGACGACUAUGGAGGCACCACAACAAGCUAAGCUUGAAAUGGUCGACGACUAUGAAACAAGAGUUCCACAGCUCAGUAGCCAAUAAUGUCAGAAACAUGAGUCCAUAUAUGUAUUAUUUAUUUUAUGUACACAAUUUUAUUUUUAUGCUUCUACCCCCAAAUACUUUUUCUUAUUUGAUUUGAGACGAUGGUAAAAAAAAACUAAUCGUCGUAAUUGUAUACCAGUUUUUGACAAUAAAAAUACCAGAUACCCCCCCUAAAUAUUUUAUAUUUUAAAAAGUAUCCUAAAAUUUCGACACAUUUUUGUUUUCGCUCAAAACAUAUUUUCCUAUGUUUAUCCUAUCAUUUUAUUUUAUUUUUAAUCGAACGUUAAUCUAACACUACUAAAAGUCGAAUAUGAAGAGUAAAGAGAGUGUCCACGUCGACCAUUAAAAUCAACCAAUGAGGUUGCUUAGUUUUUCCACGUCAAACCGAAUGGGACCGGUCUUGGGCUGUAUUUUUUUUAACCCUGAAAAACAAAGAAACAUGUUGAUCAAAAGCCCUGGUCCGAUAAAGUCGGAUAACGUCGUGAAUCUUUGACGUCUCUCUUCUCUUCGCUCUUUGGAAACCCUAAAUGAAUCUCUUCGACAACUCCUCCCUUCGCCGUUUCCCCUUCCUCAACGGAUCAAUCAAUCGACACCGUAUUCAUUAGUGAGCAAUGAAUCCUCUGAGUUUCACAUUAAUGGAUUCCUUUCGCCUUAUCCUCUCUACCUCUCUUUAUAAGUCUCUUCUUUUCACAGAAUUGUUACAGAAAAAAAAAACACUCAAACGAUGAAUUCCAGCAGAAAAUUCCAAAACGAUCUUACCGCGAAUAAACCAAACGGAAAAGACGUUGUCUCCUCAGAAGUCUCCGGCGAUCCUAAGUCGAAGAAACCAAACGGCAAAUCCGUUGACUCCUCCGCCGAGCCGCUAUGUUCAAUGAUAAAAAGGAAGAGGUCGUCUCAACUGGAGAUCUUCCCACGCUCAUCUCAGACUCCAACGAGCAGGUAACUAAUGAUUUCACUAUACUUUAUUACUAAGAUCAAAAUAGAAACAACUAAUGGUAGUCACCUCCGCUACUGACUGCUGAAAAAAGAUCAAAGCUUUAUUUUAUUUUUUUCUCUUUUCUUCUUUGUAUGACUGCGAAAGAUUUUUCAUUCUGUGUAUUAACUGAUAGUUCAACCGAUUGCUUUAUAACUACGAUGUUAUCUUAUAUUUUCUUCUCUUCGUUUUUGUUCUCUGUUUCUUUUUGUGUGAAUCUAAUUGAUAAAAAUGUUCCUCUUGGACAUGUAAAUUGGUUUCUGACUGGUGCUUGAAGCCUUGAAGAUAUACCUCUGUAUAUUGACUUCUCUCUAUGAAAAAUUACUCUUCUAAAAGGAUGAGAGCAGUUUUCGGAAGCUCGAUGGAGAGCUGGAAGAUGCAGAGCAAAAGGUCCCGGAAAGACAUUGAUGACAAUGUUCAGAUAUAUAUGAAAUUCACUAAUUCAGUUCAUGGCUAUUGAAGAGAACGAUGAGAUCUUGAGAGGUCUAUGCGGAGAAGACGGUGUUGUUUAUGCGAUAUGUGAAUUGCAAGAGGAAUGUGAUUCUAGAGGCUCGUUGAUCUUGAAGAAGUAUAUGGAGUUUAGGAAGCGAGCUAGGUUGGCUUCUGAUAUCAACAACUCUCCAAAUUUGAAUCUGCUUGCUGGUGGUGCUUCUGAAGGACCAGACCCGAGAGAAGUAGAGCUCUAUGUGGAGGAGAUACUCUCUCUGAUGCAGUUAGGUGAGGAUUACACAGAGUUCAUGGUGUCAAAGAUCAAGUCUUUGACGUCAGUUGAUGCUGAGUUGUUACCAAAAGCUACGAAAGCGUUUAGAAAUGGUAGCUUUAGCAAAGUGAUUCAGGACGUGACGGGAUUCUAUGUGAUACUAGAAGGGUUCUUUAUGGUUGAGAAUGUGAGGAAAGCCAUAAGGAUUGAUGAGCAUGUACCGGACAGCCUUACCACAUCAAUGGUGGACGAUGUGUUCUACGUGUUGCAGAGCUGUCUGAGGAGAGCCAUUUCGACUUCGAACAUUAGCUCUGUGAUUGCUGUGCUGAGCAAUGCUGGUAGCUUGUUGGCUAAGGAUUACCAUGAAGCUUUGCAGCAGAAGAUUAGAGAGCCUAACCUUGGCGCUAGGCUGUUCUUAGGUGGUAUUGGUUGCAUCAAGACGAUGGUCGACUUAAAACCAAAUCUCGCUUACUAACUAACAUUAUAGAAGAGAGCAUCUAUCAAGAUCACGAGUUCGAAUGCCAUAAAAAUAGCUACUUUUAAAUGCUUUCUUAUCUAAAACAUGAUGAGCUAAAAGCUCAUAGCUUCUUAAUUCCCUAAAAAAAGUUCUAACACAUUGCAUUACCAAUAAAUCAUCUUAAAUUUUUUUGUUAGUUGUACAAAUAAUUUUGUUCCUUUUAGUAAUUUGAAAACGUACUUGAAUUUUAUUCA